AAAAAAGUUGAAAAUAUGUACUGGCAUUAUUCCAACUCUUUCCUCCCUGGUGAAAAAGACGUUGAUUCGGUUUCCUGCCAUAGCACGGGUGAACUUCCCGCAAUAACCACACAAUGGCCUUGACUCACAACUUCUCAGCUUUCAGAAACCAUUGCAAUGUUUCCUAAUUACAGUAAUAUAAAUUGCGCUUGCGUAAAUGUGGCAUCUGCGAUACACUCGGUGUUAAAGGGUUAAAGCCCUGAGUUUAUUGUUCUGUAGAUACAUGUAUGCACAGCACAUUGUAUGUUGUAUGAAAGUUGACACUUUGCAGGUUAUCAUCGUGCAGGUUAUCCAAUUGGCCCUAAAAUGAAUGAAAAAGAAUAGAGACAGGGGUGCAAGCCUGCUGCAUGCUAUUCCUUCGUCUAAUAAUUUCCGACAGGCUGUAUGUACACUGAAAGAUGUAAUGCUGCCCAACACAGUUCAAAGUUCUUAAUCACAGUGAAAAAAAACCUUUGCAUUUGGUUUACAGUCUUUAAAGGGAUAGUUUGGAUUUUUGGACAUGACAUUGUAUGGCAUAUACACCAGUAGUAGAGUGGAUGCAACACUGUCAAAUCAUCUAACAAGUCGGUUUGAAGAUCUCUGUUUACACCCCUAAAAGCUUAUCAAAGAUCAAUGACAUGUCUGUUUGUUUCUGUUCUUAAUUCUGUGUAGUUUAAGGAUUGUAAGAGAGUCCUUGUGUGUAUGUGAUGUUAUUUGGUUGAUUGUCCUGUGUUAUUAGAUUGUUUUACUUUGCAUAUCCAUGUAUUUAUAUCAAUCCUGUCAGUUUUUCCAUGUUUUGUGGUUACAAAGGAGUCUUUUGAAAACAAGAUGGUGCAUCUCAAGGGGUUUGUCAUCUUUUAAAUUUUCAAAUACAUGAGGAGUGUAUUUGAGUUUCUUUAAAAUGACUUUGAGCUUAUUUUGAAUUAUGUGUGAGUGAAAUUGGCUUUAAGUGUGUGCCUGCAAUAAAAAGCUAGUUAGUUAGUAGUUAGAUAGACUUGGAAAAAGCAAGUUACUUUAAGUGAUUUUAUAACCUGAAAGUUUCAGCGACAUGGAAACUAAAGGUGAAGAUGUAAGUAAAGACUGUAGCCACCAAACUCCAUCUUGGUUUUAAAUGUAUGACAUUAUUUUGCUGUGGUCUUGCUAAGCUAGCUCACACAGUUUUUCUCUUUUAAACACAGUUUAUCUUAUCCUCAGCAGUUACAAGCAGAGAUGGUUUUCUGGGUCAGAGUUUUGGCUCUGUCUUUCCCUCUCCACUGACAAAUGUGUUUUCCCUUAUCAUUCACUCAUAUGCCCCCAUCUUACCUCACACUUACCUCUGUAGGCAGUUUAUUUUGGCUGGAGAGUUGUUUUUUUUCUUUGGAGGCUGUGGAGAACUGCCAGCAUCAGGGAAGCAGAUGCCAUGGGAAUUCACUCUUGUGCACAUUUGCUGACUUUUAAAUUCAUUUCUUGUCUCAUUGUCUGAAUUUAACUCUUGGCUUUGGUUGUUUUUCAGUGUUGUCUACUACCUGUGCACUGGACCACUUAGCUCUUUUAAGAUUGUCUAGUUGCCAUAAAUGUACUUUUGUGCUAACCCAACUGAAGUGAAGCACUAAAGAUAAGUAACACUCAAAUGAUACUUAACUUUUUGAGUGCUUCGCUUCGUUUUUCUUGGGAUGCUAUAUUCAAGUCAAUACUGUAUUUAUUCUGGUGUGUCCCAGGGUUCAAUCAUAUUUGAAUACUUUCAAGUGUUUAAAUAUUAGAUACGUAUUAUAAUAAUUGUUGCAAUAGUUAUUUGCUAAGUCCUAAUAUUGUCACAACUUGAAGCAUGGUGCUUGCUCACUUUGUGUGCCUUUGCUUACGCUAUUAAGUUGUAGCCAUACCUGCUUUACCACAAACCCUCUUUUUUUCCUUUCUCGGCAUACAUAUGUCAUCUUACACUACACAGAAUAUGUAAUUUUUCCUCUGCAGCUAAAUUUCACUUCACAGUUUUACAGUCUCAGAGAGGAAAGACACAAAAGCAUGUAUCUAUUUACCACCAGCCUUUUUUUCCCCACAGAAGUUGUUCUAAGUCUUUGUUCCAUUUGCAUUUUUACACGAGGGAUUCUCUAAGGUUGGGAAGAUGAACAAUGUCACUGUCAAUUGGUGAUGACUGUCCUGCAUCACAAUGUGGGGUGUGUCAUUGUCAACAUUUGUUGCAUAACACAACACUUUAUUUGUUUCAAAGUAAAAGUACUUCCUCUUACCUAAAUUAAUUCACUUAUAGCAAGGCUUUUAUUGUGAAAUAUUUGCAGGGCCAUCAGAUGCAUUGCUUCAUACUGAAAAGUCCUGGCAUUUAAUUGAGGACCUAAAAUGUUGAAUUUUUGAAGCCAAACCCAUAAUCAAAACACCAGCUACACAGGAGAUACAAUUCCUGUGUGGACAGCGGAUGUGCGCAAGUCCAUCACAAAGUGUCACAAUACAAACAUCAUGACGCCAAUCAAGUGGACAUUGCCCAGACCCCACUGUUCUCACAUUGUUCUGCGUUUAGAGGGAGGUAAAAACUAUUUAAUGUUUCACAAGAGUGACAUGUAGAUUUUUACCAAUGUUAUGUUUAAAUUAAAAGAAAAAUGUUUGAUGAUGCAGUGCUCAAGAUGCAUUUACAGCUGCUAUUCCACAUGUUAUCCAUGGCAGUGUUUUUUAAUGCUACACCUUUCAUGUACCUUUUCCAUUCAACCCUCCCUGCACUCCCAACAUCCAGUGUGGGGUUUUUCUUUCCUGGCUGUGACAGUGGUCAAUACCUUCUCCCUAACUGGAAUCUUCAGUGUGCCUCUGAUGAAGUCACGCUAUAUGAAACACACCCUCACCUUUUUCAUCGCUCUUGCCAUCGGCACGCUGUACUCCACUGCUGUCCUACAACUCCUGCCAGAGUGUGGGGUUAUGGGAUCCUGUGUGUGACACUGAUCUCUCUGUGUUCGCUGGUGGGGGCAAGUGUGGUGCCCUUCAUGAAGAAAACCUUUUACAAGCGACUGCUGCUCUACUUCAUAGCCCUGGCCAUUGGCACACUCUACUCCAACGCCCUGUUUCAGCUCAUCCCAGAGGCCUUUGGUUUUGACCCCAUGGUGGAUUUCUAUGUGUCCAAGUCUGCAGUGGUGUUUGCAGGCUUUUACCUCUUCUUCUUCACUGAAAAGGUGCUCAAAGUGCUUCUCAAACAGAAAAAUGGGAGCCACGGCCACAGUCAUUACCCAGGUGUAGAUCAUUAUUCGACACCUGAUAUGGAUUUGGAGGAGGGCGAGAAGGAGAAGCUGCAGCAGAAUGGAGCGAGCAGUCUGACUCAAGGAAAGGUGGAUGCAGGGGAGGGCGAACUCAUGCUCAGUCCUGCGCAGAUACCACAGGACUCCCAGAGUCCAGAGAAUGGGGGACGGCCUGGUGCCAGUGGUGGGGGCUGCUAUUGGCUGAAGGGAACUAACUAUUCAGACAUCGGCACGCUGGCCUGGAUGAUCACACUAAGUGAUGGUUUGCACAACUUUAUCGAUGGCUUGGCUAUCGGCGCCUCCUUCACUGCCUCUGUCUUCCAGGGUGUCAGCACCUCUGUGGCCAUCCUGUGUGAGGAGUUCCCACAUGAGCUGGGAGACUUUGUGAUCCUGCUGAACGCUGGCAUGAGCAUACAGCAGGCGUUGUUCUUUAACUUCCUGUCGGCCUGUUGCUGUUAUCUGGGCAUGGGCUUUGGCAUCCUGGCUGGCAACAGCUUUUCCCCCAACUGGAUCUUUGCUCUGGCAGGAGGAAUGUUCCUCUACAUCGCUCUAGCAGAUAUGUUCCCAGAGAUGAAUGAGGUGAGUCGUGAGGAAGAGGACGCAGGCGGCAGCAGCUUCCUCCUCACCUUUGCUAUCCAAAAUGCCGGCCUGUUGACGGGCUUCUCUAUCAUGCUCCUCCUCACCAUGUAUUCUGGACAGAUACAGCUGGGCUAGCAAGCGCCACACUAAUCCGGACUGACACCAGCUCUGAUCAGUGGCAAAUGAAAGUGCUGGGUCAGCUGGUUUGUGCUGUUUGAAACUGGCCAUCCAAGUGGAGGGUUCUGAACGUUUCUUCCUCUGUAUCGUCCUUGCUUUUUUUUUGCUUUUUUUUAAGAUUUCAGGAACCCUGGAAUUAGGAAAGUUUGGCUGUGUGUCAGGUACGCACAGUGGUUCAUAUUUGAGAAGCUGUUCUUGUGCAGUUCACACAUGCAGUAUAUUCCAGAGAGAGGGGGCAGACAGCCUUCUUUCUUCCAUGUCUUUCCUUAACAUGUUAAAGAUGUGCUGAACAUGAACUGAUGUGCAAUAGUCAGCCAGCUGCCCAAACUGCUCUUUAUUUCCCAGACCACUGAAUAGCCAUUUUGGCCCUUGCUCUUAUUCCCUCUCUAUUCUGACUCUUCCCUCAGUGGAAGUCAUUGAGCCUCAGCUGAGGAUAGUGGAGAUUCAUGAGAUGCUGAGUAUUGAUAUCACUAAUCUUCUUUGCUCACACCGUUCCCUCAGCAGAUGGGAAAAGCACAAUCAGGUAACUGUAUAUCAGCUGUAUUAUUGGCAUUUUUCUCUCUUAGUUCUUCUGAUCAAGACUUCAAAUCACCCACCCCGCUUCUUGCAUUCCACACCAAAAACAAAUUAUUAUGGACCUGAACUGGAAUUUAAAUGAAGACAUCAUCAUCAAACUGACUUCCAAAUGGACUUUGUUGUUUGUGUGACGUUUGUGUGACGUGUAUAUUUUUUUACAUGUGAAAAAUGACAUUUGAAGACCAAAUAUGGACAGACCAUUGAAUCUAGAAUGAUGAAGGGCUACAUGGUGACAGUUUUAUUCUCCUGUCUGUGGACUUGUCCAUGACUUUGACCGACAGUUAACGAUUCCUAUUGAAGCCUGGGUCAUUUCUGUAAAGUUCAAAGUUUGGUUUUUAGUGGCUUUUUUCAGACCACAUAUAAUACCCAGCAUCCAUAGCAGCAUUUCUCCAUAUUAUACCAUUUGUGCCCUUCAAUAAUAUAGCAUUAGUAAUGAUAGUUGUAGCUUUUUUUUUUAUUCCUUAUAUUCUUCAUCUAUAGUCUUUGCACAUCUCAUAGACUACUGUUUUUCCCCCCAAAACAUAUAUAUUCUUUUACAGUCUAGUUGAAUCAAAAUACUGCAAGUUAAAUCAUAUACUGUAAGUACACACACUUCACCUACUGAACUGGUCUGUGAUUAUAUUUAUAUUAAGUAUCUGUCAUUAUAGUAACAGAAACAUUGCAUACUUUUUUUUUUAUUUACUGUAAUAUUUACACAUAUGGCCAAAAGUAUGUUGACACAUUCUUUCUCUUGAUGCUUUUAGUCUUGGGGCUGCUUUUCAGGAUUUGUUUUCUGUUUUUGUUUCUUAUAGCUUGUCAUUAUAUUGAAGUAACAGAAGCAGGCAUCUAAAUCUCAAAUCUUAAAAUAAAAACAGAACAGUGAUCUUUAAAAGGUUCACUGUGUAAGAAUCUGUGAAUAAUCUAAUAUUUCCUGUCCUUUUUUGCUUGCUGGUUAUCAGUUAUGAUGGUGAUGCUGAACCUGACCUGAGAACAAUGUUUGUGUCCACAUGUUUUUGGCCAUGUAACUUAAUCUUGAAGAAAUCGAGUGUGGAACAUUUCGUACUCUGUAAAUUCUGAUUCUGUAGGGGAACUGUUGUUGGUGUUUGUCCUCUUCUUACCAUGUGACAGGUUUUAUUUUCACAAACUUAAAAUAUUACAGUUGUUAAAAAGCCAUUUAAACAUGGCAGCAUAUUGGCUGUACUACUGUGUACACUAUAAAACAGUGUAACUUCUGAUAGAUUUUUCACUGUACGAUAUUCAAAAUUCUGCCCGUUUGCAGAAGCUACACAGUAGAUGCAGUGUUCCUCUAGAUUAGAUAAACUGUAGAACAUUUAUUAGAAAUAGAAACUGGAAGAAGUUAUUGGCUGUUUCAAUGUACAGACCUAAUAAAAAGAGAUUAUUUCGUAGCAUUAUUUCUGGAAAAGGCAAGCCGUUAAAACUAGUAACGUGGGUACAGUCUAUCUGCUGUUUUAUAAGUAUGUUUUAUGGGAGAAUAUUUAUUAUCGUUUGAGCCAUAAAAAUAUUUUUUUUAUGUUUACACCCAAGCUAAAGAAGUCUUGUUAUCUUAACUGGCAAAAAUGCUGUCUUUUUGUGUUGUCAUUUAUCUGUGUUUUUAGUAUUUGAAAAACUGAAGGCAGAACUGGUAUACACAGACAUAAUCUCUGUCAUGUGAUGAGCUUCUAAACCUUAUAGUGUUCAUACAAACGGCAGACUUGCUAAAGUGAAAUGUAUAUUUUAUUCUUUCAAAAUUGUAAUGCAUCAUUUAAAAAUAUUUAUUCACAUGAAUCCUCUUAAGCCUUCUCUGUGUCAUGGGACUCCUUUUUAUAAACAUAAUUUUCCAAGAAAA